AUGUCAAGCCCAAGCGACACGGUUCCGCAGCUGGUUGGCGAUGAAUCCAACGUUAGAAAAGUACCAGCGCAAAGAAAAUCAAGGCAGCGUCCAAACAAGCCAAUCUCAGCUGAACGGCGCAUGCAAAAUUGCAGAGCUCAGAGGGCAUAUCGCCAACGAAAACGAGAUAAAUUAAAGGAGCUAGAAGCCAAAGUUGCCGCCUUGGAGCCCGGUUAUAAACCUGGGUCAGUUCCCAACAGGACUGCAGUGACGCCUCCAACACAUGCUACAUCAACUGCUAUUGAUUCAUCGCAGUCUUACAGCCUGAACACUUGGGACUACAAUACCAGCGUCUGGCUAGAUGACCCAGCAUCCAGUUCACUCAAUAUUGAGAUGAUGACUUUACCUCAGAUCACUUCCAAUGAGGGCCAGCCAACAGCCCCAGAGACCAAUCCAACAGAAAGCUUCUCUGAUUUGCUCCAUGAUACUGAUACAAGAGAGUUGUCGAGCAUGGCCACACUGGAUGCACCAACAUCAACUACGGCUGGGUUGUCCGCUAAUACUGCUACUGCGACUUCAUCAUCCUCUCUCCUCUCUAUCAAUACAUCAGCAUCUAUGUAUUCGGCCUCAAGAUCACUUACUCGCAAAGACAUACACAUUCAUCGGCCUAGUGGUAAAGCGCUUAUCAGAAAGCCACAGCUCAUCCGCAAGUGGUUUCAAUCUCUUCCCCAGUCUACGCGACGUCUCCUCGCCCAGCUGGCCAAAGACGGCGAUUUCAGUUUCGUAGAUAUGAUAUCAUCUCUACUACUGGACGAGACGAGCUCAAACAACAUUGAAGUCCAACUUUUCGAAGGCAGUGACCCGGAGAAGACAGAAUCACAGCUGUCGGAGUUGAGAUUCGCCAUAUCGCCCGCGACAUCUUACUCGCCCUAUCGCAAUGCACUUCGCAUCGCGAGAUUCUCUUAUUUUGCAGCUCUAUUUACGAAUUUUAGCUCUCUUGGCUUUGACUUUGGCCUUUUUCUUGACGAGCGCAGUCUAUCUCCCUUCUGCGUGAACAGGGCAGCUGAAGAGGCCAACACUCCUACAGUGACAGAAGAUGAAAAUAUUCCUUUUAGUCUGCGCCCAAUUUCGUCUCAGUACACUAUAUCACAUCAUCCCUAUAUCGACGCAUUGCCAUUUCCCACCCUCCGACGGCGUGCCUUGGCCGCUCUGGCGGCGGAUCCUCCUUUGUUGGACGAGGAUGAUCUCUGUCUGGAUCUAAUGUUGCAUGAUGGGCUUGUGUGCUGGGGAUCCGCCGGUCAGAAUGGUAUGGAUUAUGGCACGCCGUGGGAUAGCCACAGCUGGGAAGCCAAAGAGUGGUUUUUGCGGAAAUGGAAAUGGCUUAUUGGUGGACAAGAUGGUGAACUGUACCAUAGCUCACGGUGGUGGGCGGCACAACGGGGAGAGUACAUAUCUAUGCGGGACUAA